UGUCAGCAGUCAACUCUGACAGCCGACGUCCAUUUGUUCGGAAAAUUUGCAAAUAUUUUACUAGAAAAUAAAAACCUUUUAAAAGGUUGUCCUCGAGACCUCUCCGUCACUGAGUUGUGUUUCCGUGUUAACCAGCUUCGCCAGCAUACCUACCGUAGGCAAUCGUGAUCGCCCCCGGCAGGAUGGCUUUUUCGGUGCUAAGUUCGGUGGCCAAGAAGGCAACAUCGAAUGUUUAUGUAACCAAUUGUUUGCUGAAGAAUGUUGGAGCUUUAUAUAAUUCUCAGCAAGUGCGCAACGCCGGGAAGUGGUAUCCGGAUGCCGAGUUUGUCAGCCAGUUCAACUCGGCGGUCAUGUACCCGGAUGAGGUAACUUCCAAGUGGAAGAUUCCUCCAUGGAACAGCAAGAUUGCCCCGGUUGAGAAGACGGUCCGCAAUGUGAAGAUCAACUUCGGUCCGCAGCAUCCGGCGGCUCACGGUGUGUUGCGUCUGGUGCUGGAACUGGACGGCGAGACGGUGAUGCGUGCCGAUCCGCACAUUGGGCUGCUGCACCGUGGAACGGAAAAGCUAAUCGAGUACAAAACGUACACCCAGGCUCUGCCAUACUUUGAUCGGCUGGAUUAUGUGUCAAUGAUGUGCAACGAGCAGUGCUAUUCGUUGGCAGUGGAGAAGUUGUUGAACAUCGAUAUUCCUCUGCGGGCCAAGUACAUCCGUGUGUUGUUUGGGGAGAUAACUAGAAUUCUGAACCACAUUAUGGCGAUUGGAACUCACGCUCUGGACGUGGGAGCUCUGACUCCGUUCUUCUGGUUGUUCGAGGAACGUGAGAAGAUGAUGGAGUUCUACGAGCGAGUUUCCGGAGCUCGUAUGCAUGCCGCGUACAUCCGACCAGGUGGCGUCUCGCAGGAUCUUCCACUGGGUUUGUUGGAUGACAUCUACGAGUUUUCUUCCAAGUUUGCCGAGCGUCUGGAUGAAGUUGAGGAUGUGUUGACCACCAACCGUAUCUGGGUACAGCGCACCCAGGACAUUGGCAUCGUUACAGCUGAGGAUGCUCUGAAUUAUGGCUUCAGUGGUGUUAUGCUUCGCGGAUCGGGAAUCAAGUGGGACCUUCGCAAGUCUCAACCGUACGAUGCCUACGACCGGGUUGAAUUCGAUGUCCCAAUCGGAACCAAGGGUGACUGCUACGACCGUUACUUGUGCCGUGUGGAGGAAAUGCGUCAAUCGUUGCGUAUCAUUGACCAGUGUCUGAACCAGAUGCCGGCCGGUGAUAUUAAGACCGAUGAUGCCAAGCUGACGCCUCCGUCCCGUUCCGAGAUGAAGACCUCGAUGGAAGCUUUGAUUCAUCACUUCAAGUUGUUUACCCAGGGUUAUCAGGUCCCACCUGGUACGACCUACACGGCCAUUGAGGCCCCCAAGGGUGAAUUUGGCGUAUACUUGGUUUCGGAUGGUUCUAGCCGACCGUACCGGUGCAAGAUCAAGGCACCGGGCUUCGCCCAUCUGGCCGCUCUCGAGAAGGUCGGAAAGCAUCAUAUGCUUGCCGAUGUGGUGGCCAUCAUCGGAACGUUGGAUGUUGUGUUUGGUGAGAUCGAUCGUUAGAAUGUAGACAGAAGGAGAGAAGAAGGCGUUUCAAACGAACGAACAUGAUGCCGAGCGGCAAUUAUACUGUUAGUGUUCUGGUUAAUCAGCGUCAUGUAAACGACUGGAUACAAGAAUGUUUCAAUAAAUGAAGAAUUCGCUAAUUCUAGAA